GGAUGAGGAGGAGAAGAGCUGAAGACACAACGCUCGGACAACUGCUAAUCUCAGAGAACAGCAUCAUGCUCAGUCUACUGCGCCCCCUACUGGCCGUCUGCUUGUGCCUGCUGCUGCCCGGCGGCCAGGGCUGGAACCCCGGGUACAGCAAUGGCUUUCACUACCAGGACAUCAGCAACGGGAACGGAAACGGAGAGAUCUAUUUUAACGGGAUUCGCCUCCACGUGGAUUCCCCGCAGCUUUCAGUGUCGGCCACCAGAGGGAGCACCGUGACCCUCCCCUGUCACUACCACUACGAGCCUGAACUGUCCGCACCACGCAGGACCCGGGUCAAAUGGUCCUGGUUGCCUGCCAACACCAUACAUGCACCUGCUUCCCCCGAAGCCUUCGCCAGGGAAACUGAGGUUAUGGUCGCCAUGGGCAACCGUCACCGCAGCUAUGGCAGCUUCAGAGGCCGCGUGCGCUUGCGACGCUCGGCACCAGGGGAUAUGUCCCUAGUGAUAAAUGAGCUGCAACUCAACGACACCGGCAGAUACCGAUGUGAGGUGAUUGAUGGCUUGGAGGACGAGAGUGUGACGGUGGAGCUGGAGCUGCGGGGCGUGGUGUUCCCCUACUACUCUCAGAAAGGACGCUACCAGUUUAACUUCUUUGGGGCCCAACAAGCAUGCCAGGAUCAGGAGGCCACUCUGGCCACAUUUGAGCAGCUUUUCACAGCGUGGGAGGAGGGGCUAGACUGGUGUAAUGCUGGCUGGUUGGCUGAUGGCACAGUGCAGUAUCCAAUCACAGUCCCACGUGACGGCUGCGGGGGCGUGGAUAUAGCUCCUGGUCUGCGCAGCUACGGACAACGGCAUCGCCUUCUCUACCGCUAUGAUGCUUUUUGUUUCUCUGCCUCGGUCAAGGGGACUGUGUACUUCUUAAACAACCAGACAAAGCUCAACUUUACAGAAGCGGUCCAGGCUUGUGCCAGUGAUGGAUGUCAAAUUGCCAAAGUGGGCCAGCUGUAUGCAGCCUGGAGGCUGAUGGGAUUGGACCGUUGUGACGCCGGAUGGUUGGCUGAUGGGAGUGUCCGUUAUCCUAUAACAAAGGCCCGGGCUAACUGUGGCCCACCAGAACCAGGGGUGCGUAGUUUUGGGUUCCCCCCUCUAUACCUGAAAUUUGGUGUCUACUGUUAUCGGUAGAUUUUUUCUUCACAACACAAGAGACAAACAAACCUGCAGCACUGGCUCCAAGCUCUGCUUGAGAGGUUAGCCUUGGCUGUAGCCUGGAAGCUAACUAGCAGUUAGCCAGUUUGUUCAUUACUGAGAUAUUUUGAUGUCAUCUGGGUUAAUUGUUCUCCACCUCUAUAAGACUGUAACUGAUCAGUGUUGAACUCAACUACCAGUCAGCAACUGAUAAACUAUAUGCAUCCAUCAUGCAAUGCCACUUAUACAAAAUAUCUACAUUAUAUGGCCAGAAGCAUGUGGACACUUUAUGUGGACCAUUACACUCACAUCUCUUUCGAAAACUAUGGGUAUUAUUUUUGCUGCUGUAACAGCGUCCGCUCCUCUGGGAAGGCUUGUUUCAAGAUUUUGGAACCUUUCUGCUAAAAUUUGGUGUCAUUCCAUC